AUGACACCCAAAAGCAGCAGGCAACUGUUUCAGAUGAUCUCUACUCACCUGACCGGCCACUCCAACCGACGCCGUCUCAGUUCUCCGUUAGGCCCGUGGCAUUCCUUUGACUUGUCCUGGAAGUGGCAAUACUCCCCCUCUACUAAUACCCUGUUCCACCGUGAGGGUCACCUAUGGAUCCCUUCCUGGACGCUGUCCGCGCCUCGGUCUCUGUCUUCCCUAGUCGUUUUCCGAUCCACAAGAGCCGGGUCCUCCUCCACUCUACGGGCCCUCACCUACCAGCGAACCCACCUGCCCCCCCCAUCUUCCAUCCUUGACCUCUGGCAUCACUUUGGCAGUCUGGCUGAAUCAGGUUCUCACGGCUGGGUUCCAGAGGUCAUUACCAUUGAAGGUAGUGAGUACCGCCUGGUUCAGGCCCUUCGCGCCGGUACCCUUUGUGCUGUGAGCGACGGCUCUUACAAAGCUAAAGUGGGCACAGCAUGCACUCAACUUCUAACUGAGGACCGCAGGGAUAUCAUCUGGAUCACCUGCCAAACCCCUGGGAAAUUUGAUGACCAGAGUUCCACGCGCAGCGAAUUGAUUGGUCUUAUGGCCUCUCUCCUGGUGUUGGACUGGAUGUCUCAGGUCGCCCACCUGAAACUCUUUGCCAGCCAACCGUCGGUUGAGAUGGCCUGCGACGGGCUCAUAGCUCUUGAUAAGUCCUUCUCCAAAGCCCACCUGUCAUCGUCUGGUGCUCAAUUUGAUCUGGCCUCCACCAUCCGGGCCUUGCUUCGCCACCUUCCCCUCCAAGUUCAUCGGCGCCAUGUUAAAGGACACCUGGACAAGCACCGGCCUUUCUCCCAACUGGACUGGUGGGAGCAGCGCAAUGUGGAAGUUGACUUCAAAGCACAGUCCUACCGCCGCCUGCUGGAGUCUACAGGCCGUUCUGCCGCCUCCAACCCCCGCUUCUUCCAUGAACCUGUGUCUUUAUUCAUCGACGGUGUUAAGUCUUCCAAACUGGAUCAGGCUCACAUCAUGGAGCUGGUCUCUCUUCCUGCCCUUCGAGCAUAUUGGUCCUCCAAGGACCGCCCCAUAGCAAAGAACUUUUGA